AAGACUCCCAAAACAGAGACCGCUAGAGGCCACCACCGCCAUGGGAAAGCAGAAGCAACAGGUGAUUUCUCGCUUCUUUGCUCCAAAACCCAAAAACACUUCAACUUCCGCUUCACCAUCACAAUCUUCUCCGCCAAACCCACCUACCCCUCCCCCGAAAAUCUCAGCCACUGUCACUUUCUCACCUUGCAAACGCCUCAGAACUUCCCAACUCACCUCCCCUAAUACCAAAACUCCCAAAAUCCCAAAGCUCUCUAAUUUCCAUACUCACAAUCCUCAACCCUCCAUAGCCAAUCCCUCCCUUGAACGUUUUUCCGACAAACCUACAAAAAACCCUAAGCUUUCACCCCACACCCACAACCCCAUACCCCCUCAAUCAGAUCCCACCCUUCACCAAAGAUUUCUAAACAAACUUCUAGAACCAUCCCAUGACCUUCUAGAACCUUGUUCCACUUCAAAACCCUCAAUUUCAAAUCCUAAGUACACCCCAUUGGAGCAACAAGUAGUGGAGCUCAAGGCCAAGUACCCAGAUGUCCUUUUGAUGGUUGAAGUUGGGUACAAGUAUCGAUUUUUCGGCGAAGAUGCAGAAAAUGCUGCCAGAGUGUUGGGGAUUUUUGCCCAUAUGGAUCACAAUUUCUUGACCGCAAGUAUACCCACUUUUCGGUUGAAUGUUCAUGUUAGAAGACUUGUGAGUGCCGGAUAUAAGGUGGGUGUUGUUAAACAAACAGAAACUGCGGCUAUUAAGGCUCAUGGAUCUAACAAGUUAGGGCCCUUUUGUCGCGGAUUAUCGGCAUUGUACACGAAGGCGACGUUGGAGGCCUCAGAGGAUGUGGGGGGUGGAGAGGAGGGCUGUGGAUCAUGUAAUAAUUACAUGGUUUGUGUUGUUGAAGUGGAAAAUGUGGAUGGUGGCAUUGAGAGUGGAUUUGAUGCGAAGAUUGGGGUUGUUGGGGUCGAGAUUUCCACUGGUGAUGUUGUUUAUGGGGUGUUCAACGAUAAUUUUAUGAGGGCUGGCCUUGAGGCUAUAAUGUUAAGCGUGUCUCCUGCUGAGUUGCUUCUUGGGGAGCCUCUCUCCAAACAGACAGAGAAGUUACUAUUAGCAUAUGCUGGACCAGCCUCAAAUGUCCGUGUGGAGCGUGUCUCGCAAGAUUGCUUCGGUACAGUUGGUGCACUUGCUGAAGUAAUAUCUUUGUACGAGAACAUGAAUAAUCAUCAAGACGAAGGUUUGGAGGUGAAAGAGCAGGGGUUUAAUCGCUUCGCAAUUGAGGGAAUUAUGGCCAUGCCUGAUUUGGCCGUCCAAGCUUUGGCCUUGACUAUUCGUCAUUUAAAACAAUUCGGUUUUGAAAGAAUACUGUGCAUGGGAGCUUCUUUUCGGCCCUUCUCUAGCAACAUGGAGAUGACGCUGUCAGCCAAUACACUUCAACAGUUAGAGGUUCUCAAGAGUACCUCUGAUGGGUUGGAGUCUGGCUCCUUGCUGCAGUGUAUGAAUCAUACUCUUACGAUAUAUGGUUCAAGGCUUCUUAGGCACUGGGUUACUCACCCUUUACGUGAUAGAAACAUGAUCUAUGCACGUCUUGAUGCUGUUUCUGAGAUUGCGGAAUCCAUGGUUUCUUGUACAGAUGCUCAUGACUUUAUCUUUGACGAGGGUGCUUCUGAUGUCACUAUUGUGCGAUCUGAGGUUUAUUACUUGAUUUCUUCGGUUUUGACUACUUUAGGAAGGUCACCUGACAUUCAGCGUGGAAUAGCAAGAAUCUUCCAUCGAACAGCAACAGCAUCCGAGUUCAUUACAAUCACUCAAGCUAUCUUGGUCGCUGGAAAACAACUUCAGCAACUUUGCUUUGAAGAAGGGGACAAAGAGAAGAAUGUGCAAGCAAGGACCCUGCACUCUGUGUUGUUGAGGAAGUUGAUCUUGACAGCUUCUUCAUCUUGUGUAAUCAGUAGAGCUGCAAAACUUUUGUCUAGCCUAAACAAAGAAGCUGCUGAUCAACGGGAUCUUCACAACUUAUUUAUCGUUUCUGAUGGACAGUACACAGAGGUUGCUAAAGCGAGGACAAAAGUUCAGUUGGCCAAGGAGAAAUUAGAGUUGUUAAUUGGUUUGUACCGUAAACAGCUUGGAAUACGUAAAUUAGAAUUCAUGAAUGUGUCUGGAGUGACACAUUUGAUAGAGUUGCCUUUAGAUGUGAAGGUACCUUCAGACUGGGUGAAGGUAAAUAGUACUAAAAAGACAAUACGCUAUCAUCCACCUGAAGUAUUGGCUAGUUUAGACCAGUUAUGCCUUGCAAAUGAGGAGCUCACUCUUGUCUGCCAUGCUGCUUGGGAUAGCUUUCUUGGGACAUUUGGUAGACAUUAUGCUGAGUUCCAAGCUACUGUUCAAGCACUAGCUGCUUUGGAUUGUCUACAUUCACUUGCCAUUCUUUCCAGAAAUAAGGAUUACGUCCGUCCCAUUUUUGUAAACGAUAAUGAACCUGUUCACAUACAUAUCUGUUCUGGUCGUCACCCGGUUAUGGAGACUAUAAUACCAGAUACUUUUGUCCCAAAUGAUACAAACUUGCAUGCUGAUAGAGAGUACUGUCAGAUUGUCACUGGACCAAACAUGGGAGGAAAGAGUUGCUAUAUUCGCCAAGUUGCUCUUAUUGCUAUCAUGGCUCAGCAUCAUCAGCAAAACUGCAUGUGCUAGAUGGCAUCUACACUCGAAUGGGAGCCUCUGACAGUAUUCAGCAAGGAAGGAGUACUUUUUUAGAAGAACUUAGUGAGGCUUCUCACAUACUUCACAAUAGCACAGCCCAGUCAUUGGUUAUUAUCGAUGAGCUUGGGAGAGGAACAAGUACGCACGAUGGUGUAGCAAUUGCUUAUGCUACAUUGCAGUAUCUUCUGGAGCAUAAAAAAUGCAUGGUCCUCUUUGUUACCCAUUACCCUAAAAUAGUUGAUAUCAAGAAUGAAUUCCCACAAUCUGUGGGGGCAUACCAUGUUUCAUACCUGACAUCACAAAGACAUAUGUACAAGGACUUAGAAUAUGAUCAGAAAACUGACAAUUUGGAUCAUGAAGAUGUCACUUACCUGUACAAGCUUGUGCCUGGUGUUUCAGAGAGGAGUUUUGGAUUCAAAGUUGCUCAGCUUGCGCAGUUGCCUUCUUCAUGUAUUCGCCAAGCCAUUGUCAUGGCUGCAAGGCUGGAAGCAGCAGUAGCCUGCAGAGGGAGAAAUAUGUUGGCAGCACUGCUAAUGUAUGAAGCAGAAGAGGCAGAUGAUACCCUGAAACCUCUUGAUUGCUCCUGUGUAGGAGGGAUUGAGGGCAUACAAGAAAUCAGUAGUGGUUACAGGGAAUUCUUUUCGAAUAUAAAAUUUGCAUGUACUGGAGAUGGUGAUGUUACAAAAAGUGUCCAGUUUUUGGAACAUGCUAAAAUCCUUGCAAUCGAGUUGAUAAAGAGGUAAGGGUGAAAGUCUUUGGCCCAUCUUAUACUUCUUUUGUUAUUGUGGAAUUAAAUCAUUAUUUUGAAAAUUUCAUUUGUUUUUAGUUUAUGGGUUUGUGAACUAGUCCAGUUUCAUGAGGGAUGAGAGCAUUUUUGUUAAGAUUUUAAUGGUGGGAACUCUUAUACUUGCAUUGUUCGUGGGAUUGAUAUUUAGUUAAUAGUGAAUAUCAGCUGCAAUUGCUGUAAGCCUUCCUCAUGUUUCCUUGGUUAAUACUUACUAGUAUCUUGUACUUUGUGGGUAAAAGCAGAUCCUGAAAGCAAAAAUGGCACGUAUAGUACACUGGAGACAACAAUCUCCAAAACAAUUAAAACAGAGAGAACAAGUGAUGAAUAUUUUCUACUUUGUGGACAUUAUUUUGGUAUGACAAAUUUGUAAUUCAUUAUUUCACUAGAAAUAUUCGUUUGCCUUCAUUUUAUCUCCGUGAAAUGUUAUUUAUUAAAUCUCUUCCUCAUUUCUGUUCCUUUCUAGCUCGUUCACAGACAGCAGACACAGAUUUAGUUGCAUGCUGUGGACAAGUCACCAGUUGCCGGCAUAAACUGCAAAUUAUAGUUGGUUGAACUUUAGAGUAUGCGUGAGCGAUGCAAUGAGAAUUAACUGAUACCAGUGGUGGAAAGUAAAACGAGGCACCAUGCAUGUAUUUUUUACCUUCUCCUUAUUCUACAGCCCAUAUUUAGAUGGUGUAUUAUUUAAAGCAGAAAACGAGGGACAUUUUGGGAGGAAAAACGGCUCACUGGUCUUCUGCAUGGUAGUAUUCCAAUGUAAAAUUUAAGGUGUCUUCUGUGAUGCUACCUGUGGCCCUUUGUUGAUAGCAUUGUAGGGCUAAUGGUGUUUUCAAGCCAACGCCAGCCAAGUCUUUGGCCUGAUUUGCCUUUAAGCUGAAAUUCUGAUUGAAAAGGUGGCUGUUUUGGCAAAAUCACCACUACGGCUAUUACUGUGCUUAUUAUUUAGUUUUCUUGUAAUUUGGCUUUGGGAGUUUGAAAAAAGUAUAUGAAAAUCUUG